AUGGAUCUUAAGCUAAUCCCUAAGUCUAACGUAGACCUUAAGCACAAAUGUGAAGUGUGUGUUCAAGCUAAACAAACUAGGAAUUCUUUCAAACCUGUAGAGAGAAACACCCAAAUCUUAGAGCUCAUACAUAGUGACGUGUGUGAUUCAAAUAGGUCUCCUACUAGAGGUGGAAACAAGUACAUUGUGACUUUUAUUGAUGACUUCUCUAGCUAUUGCCAUAUUUAUCUUAUUAAGACAAAAGAUGAGGUGUUUGAUAAACUCAAGAUUUAUAAAAGUGAUGUAGAAAACCAAUUGGAGAAAAAUAUUAAAAGAUUUAGAUCUGACAGAGGUGGAGAGUAUACCUCAAAUGAGCUUGGAGUGUUUUGUGAAGAACAUGGAAUUAUACAUAAAGUUACUCCACCAUAUUCACCCCAAUCUAAUGGAGUGGCUGAAAGGAAAAAUAGAACCCUGAUGGAUAUGGUAAAUUCUAUGCUUCUUAGUAGUGGACUACCUGAGAAUUUGUGGGGGGAAGCAAUGUUAACUGCUUGUUUCAUACUUAAUGGGAUAACAUUGAAGGAUAAUGAGAAAACUCCUUAUGAGUUAUGGAAAGGAAGAUCACCUAACCUUAGAAUCCUAAAAGUGUGGGGGUGUUUAGCUAAGGUACUCAUACCCGAUCCUAAGAGAAAGAAAAUAGGUCAUAAAACUAUAGACGCAGUUUUCCUCAGUUAUGCCAAAAAUAGCAGUGCUAAUAGGUCUUUGGUGAUUAACUAUGAAGUAAAGGAGGUUGCAAACAACACAGUUAUGGAAGCAAGAGAUGCUACAUUCUUUGAAGAUAUUUUCCCGUACAAGACAAGAAUUUCUAAGGAAGUACAAACAAGUGAGAAGCCUUCUAGCUCAACUACGAUCGAAAAUUUAGAAUCUCAAGAACUUAGAAGCAAAAGAGCAAGAGUUGAGAAAAAUUUUGGAGAUAAUUUCUAUACUUUUCUAGUGGAAGGAGAUCCCACAACAUAUAAAGCUGUUAUAUUUUUGGAUGCACCAUUCUGGAAAGAGGCUAUAAAGGAUGAGUUUCAAUCUAUAAUCCAAAAUAAUAUAUGGAUGUUAACGAAUUUGCUUACUGGAAAUAAAGCAAUAGGGUGCAAAUGGGUGUUUAGGAAAAAGUUGAAACCUAAUGGAAGUAUUGAUAAGUACAAAGCGAGAUUGGUAACUAAGGGUUUUACACAUAAAGAAAAGGGAUAG